CCUUGGUUACCACCUAGUUCUCCCGACAUUAUUAUGGUGCUAUGUAUUUCCACUAUUCCUUCCACAAAAGAAAGAGAGAGAAAAACACGAAACCAAAAUAAAAUAUAACUAAAAGACGGAAAGCAAUAGAAAAGAAAGGGAAGGAAAAGGGGGAAAGGAAGAGAGAAAGAAAGACUUUGGAGCACCACCGCACCGAUGCCGAUGUGACAUGUUCUACAGUCCGAAUCUUCUCUCCUCCCUCACUCUAGCCUAAGUUAGAGAGUUCACCACUCUCACUCUCGCCAAAUGAAAUGACUCACUGAGUCACCUCGUCUCCCCCGUUCCUUCUUCUUCUUCUUCCAUUCGAUUCUCUUCCUUUUUGAACAAUAGAUAGGUAGAUAGAUAGAUGGGUUGCACGGCCUCCAAGCUCGACAACGAGGACACCGUCCGCCGCUGUAAGGAGCGCCGCCGUCUCAUGAAGGAAGCCGUCCACGCUCGCCACCACCUUGCCGCCGCCCACGCCGAUUACUGCCGCUCCCUCCGCCUCACCGGCUCUGCCCUCUGCUCCUUCGCCGCCGGCGAACCCCUCGCCGUCUCCGAACAAACCCCCGCCGUCUUCCUCCACCCUCCCCACUCCUCCACCAAUUCCAUCCCUCCACGUGUCCCCCCUUCUCCUUCGCCUUCCCUCCACCCUCCCCCGCCUCCCCCUCCCUUUUCCCCUUCCAUCGCCAGCUCCAAGCUCCCCCACAUCCUCUCCGCCUCCAGCCUCGACGCCUCUUCCAAUCGCCACCGCCGCAAGCAGCAGCCGCCGCCGCCGCCCAAACUCCCCCACAUCCUCUCCGAGUCCAGCCCUUGCUCUUCCCCUGCCCGCAGCGAGAAAUCCAAUUUCACCACCGCCUUCCCCACCGCCUACCAAGCCGAUUCCAACUACUCCCGCACCCCCUCCCAAGCCUCCUCUGUUUGGAACUGGGAGAAUUUCUACCCUCCGUCCCCUCCCGACUCCGAAUUCUUCAACCACAAAACUCCCCCGCCGCCGCCGCCGCGACACCAGAGUCACCACCUCGACGAGGCCGAUGACGAGAGGACAGAGGCUGAAACCGAACGGUCAGAGUACGAUUUCUUCCAGAAGCCGAGCUACCCGCAUCUGAUGGAAAACCCCACCGCCGCCCACAAGCAGUACAGUGCCGUCGACCCAGAGUUGGAGAGGGAAGAAGUUCAGUGUAGCGAGUGGGGAGAUCACGAUCGCUACAGCACAACGAGCUCCUCCGACGGCGGAGUAGAAGACGACGACGACGAAGCGGCCAGAUCCGGGAUCGGGACGAGGUCGAAUUUCGGGGGAUCGAUGCGGGCGGAGUCUGUAAAGCAUCAACCUCAGCAGAAUCAGAAGCAGCCGACGCCGCCGCCUUCAAUUUAUCGGAACGCGGAUGGAGCGGGCUCGUCGGCGAGUUUUAGGACCAGUGAGAUGUCGGAUAUGAAAAUGGUGGUGAGGCACAGGGAUCUGAAGGAGAUUGUGGAGGCUAUUAAGGAGAAUUUUGAGAAUGCUGCAGCCGCCGGCGACCAGGUGUCGGAGCUGCUCGAAAUCGGGAGAGCGCAGCUGGAUCGCAGUUUCAGUCAGCUGAAGAAGACCGUUUACCACUCUAGCAGUGUGUUGAGCAGCUUGAGCUCGAGCUGGACUUCGAAACCGCCAUUGGCGGUAAAGUACCAGCUGGACACUGCGGCGGCAGGGGCCACGAGAAGCCUCUGCUCCACAUUGGAGCGGCUUUUGGCCUGGGAGAAGAAACUCUACGAGGAAGUUAAGGCCAGAGAAGGUGUCAAGAUUGAGCAUGAAAAGAAGCUGUCGACCCUCCAGAGUCAGGAGUAUAAAGGGGGCGAUGUAACUAAGCUAGACAAGACUAAGACCUCAAUCAAGAAGCUGCAGUCUCUUAUUAUUGUGACCUCGCAGGCUGUUUCCACCACCUCAACUGCCAUUGUUGGUCUCAGAGACUCCGAUCUCGUUCCUCAGUUGGUCGACCUUUGCCAUGGGUAUGUCACUCUCCUCUCCUCUCCUCUCCUCUCCUCUUCUCUUCGCUGCUCUCUCCCCUUUCUUUUUUGAAAGAAUUAAUGCACAAGUAGCGUUGAGGAACAAGUACCAAUGAUCUAUAAUAAUAGUGUCCUUAUUAUAGUUUGAAUUUCUUUUUUCAUAAAAUGAGAUAAGGUCAUUUGUCCAGGCGUUCAUACACUGGAGCGUACAUUACUACCUUCUUACGUUGUACACUCCUAGUCGAUUCAUUUCUCAUUGGGGUUAUUCUUGAUCUAUGUAAGUGCUCUCUAGUAUUUUCAACACGCUCACGAUUUCCCGGCACGCUGAUUGUGUCGCAGAUCGUUAUUCUAUGAACUAUGUGAUUCGGUUACCAUCUAUUGGGAUGUCAAGUAUGAUAGGUUAAUAGUACUAGAUCUUUCCAUGGUAGUAGGUGAAGCACAUAAUAAGGCUACUGCCCAGCUGGUGCCACUUGCUUUCAUGCCUUAAUGUGAACGCAUGUGCUUUUCUUGUCCUCCUACUGUUCAAUUCUCAACUAGCACCCAAAGUCAUAAAGUUGGCCCAUCUCUCGACCUCGUUGCAUAUGUCUCAUCUCAUCUCAUCUCAUCUCCUGGCCCUGUUCGGGGUCAAAAGGUUACUGACAUUAAUCGAGAACCAGGUUCAAUGCACUGAUAUGUCGCCACCUCUCAAUUGGGUAUUGUUGAUUUAUGUGAGCUAGUGACUAGUGAGGUUUUGUCACUCUUAAGAGCAACCAGGGGCAAUUGCAACACACAGGUAUCAGCUGACAUGACAAUUGUAAUUGGAGGCACAUGAUAUUGCAACUGAAUCGCAUUGUUAUUGUAAUUUGUAUGAGCGUACCACCAUGAAGUCUGGCUUUUCCGAAUAUGAUGUGCUAACAUUCGGUGGUAAUGCAUUCCCCCCUGCAGAUUCAUGUACAUGUGGAGGUCGAUGCACCAGUACCACGAGGUCCAAACAAACAUCGUGCAGCAGGUGCGGGGCCUAGUGAACAGGUCGAUGAAUGGCCACUCGACCUCCGAACUCCAUAGGCAAGCCACACGCGACCUUGAGUCGGCUGUCUCAGCCUGGCAUUCCAGUUUCUGCCGCUCAAUAAAAUUCCAGCGCGACUUCCUUCGAUCGGUCCAAACAUGGUUCAAGCUGACCCUUGUCCCAGUGAGCAGCACAGACAACACCACAAAUGGUGCUGUACAACGGUCCGACGUGUACGCCUUCUGCGAUGAGUGGAAGCUGGCCCUGGAUCGUGUCCCCGACACGGUGGCUUCAGAAGCCAUAAAAAGCUUCAUCAAUGUGGUCCACGUGAUAUCGGUAAAACAAGCGGAGGAGCUGAAGAUCCACAAGAGAACCGAGAGUGCAUCGAAGGAGCUGGAGAAGAAGGCGUCCUCGCUACGCAACAUAGAGAGGAAAUUCUACCAUUCGUAUUCGAUGGUAGGAGUGGGGCUCCCUGAUAACGGGGCGGAGAAUGGACCGGCGGGGCUGGAUGCUCGAGAUCCACUGUCGGAGAAGAAAUCGGAGCUUGCGGCGUGUCAGAGAAGGGUGGAGGAUGAGAUGGUGAAGCAUGCUAAAGCAGUGGAGGUUACUAGAGCGAUGACGUUGAACAAUUUACAGACAGGGUUGCCGGGGGUUUUCCAGGCGUUGACUAGCUUCUCUGCAUUGUUUACGGAGGCGCUUGGGACGGUAUGCACCCAUUCCUACGGUAUCAAGUAGUGGUGCAAUUUUUGUUUUACUUGGUUUGUUUAUGGGGUGGGGAAGUUUGUUUUGUAAGGGCUGGGGAAAAUUUUCCUUUCUAUUUUGGAUGGGGAAAGUAUCAUCAUUAUAUUUUUGACAUGUAAAUAUGUGGCUGUUUCGAUUUUGGCGAUAUAUGUCUUUUGUUGUUGUUGCUGCUACUCUUGAUUUGGUUGGAAAGGAGAGAAAUGGGGACUCUCUGUACAUGACACGAUUGCUACUUUGCAUUUGUUGUACUAGAGGAGGUGAAAUAAAUUAUGCUGCCUGCCUGCCUGCCUAAUGUGCAUCUGUUUUCUUAAUGAAUGAACUUUAACCCCAAGCAUUUUAACUUGUAAUACGCAACGCA